AUGGCGGCCGCCGCGCUGCCGCUGCCGCCGCGGCUGCUCCUGCGGCCCGGAGCCCGCGCCUUCGCCUCGGCCGCGUCCCCGACCGCGCACGCCGCCAGAGCCAAGCCGCGUGCAACAGAAAGGACACCCAGAAACGAACGGCAAAUGAGAAGAAAGGCACUACCUCCUAGGACUGAGAAAAUGGCCGUUGACCAGGACUGGGCCAGUGUUUACCCUGUUGCAGCGCCAUUUAAGCCCUCCGCCGUGCCGCUUCCCGUCCGCAUGGGCUACCCUGUGAAGAAGGGCGUGCCCUUGGCGAAGGAGGGCAACCUGGAGCUUCUAAAGAUCCCCAAUUUUCUGCAUUUGACACCAGUGGCAAUUAAAAGGCACUGUGAAGCUCUUAAAGACUUCUGCACUGAGUGGCCAGCUGCCCUGGACAGUGAUGAGAAAUGCGAGAAGCAUUUUCCCAUUGAGAUUGACACGGCUGACUACAUUUCAUCAGGACCGUCUGUUCGAAACCCCAAAGCACGGGUUGUAACAUUAAGAGUUAAACUUUCUAGCUUGAAUUUAGAUGACCAUGCAAAGAAGAAACUUAUUAAGCUUGUGGGAGAAAGAUACUGCAAGGCCACGGAUGAACUGACCCUCAGAACAGACAGGUGCCCUUUGAGAAGACAGAACUACGACUACGCAGUGUACCUCCUGACGGUGCUGUUCCACGAGUCCUGGAAAACCGAAGACUGGGAGAAAAGCAAGACACCAGCCGACAUGGAUGAGCACGUGUGGGAGAACAGCUCCUCGGAGAAGAACCUGCUCCGGACCCUUUGCCGGAUCUGGGCCACGGAGGAGGGCACGGAAGCAAGCCCAGGGCACCUGCUGGGCACCGAGGAGGCCGCGCAGUACCGGGAGUGCGUCAUGCACCUCAAGAACCAGGGCGAGGAUGAUGCCGCGCUUGCCCGGUACAAGGACGCCGUGAAGAGGCUGCUGCACGUGGCGUGAGGGGCCACCGAGACUGGUGACGCGUGGUCACUGGGGGCCUGUAAAGAUGGGCUUGGGUGCACACUGCCGCGUGAGUCAGCUCUGCGCCUUCCACACACGUCCCGUUCGCACAGUGCGCUCGCCGCUCGGGACCCGGGACUUCCCUACUUCAACACCGGCAGAACGCCUGUGUUUCACGUAUACUUGACUCUCUUGUGAGCGCCACCUUUCUCUCCUCGCAGUUAGCAUUUCGUGUUUCUUUCAAUUAAUGAGUUUGUGGUGGAGAAAGCUUGGCCUAGGACCCAAGCAUAGCAGUUCCGUGCUCUGCUCACUUGUCUGCACGGUCACGGUCAUCUCACACAGCUGCUAGUCUGGGGUCGGCCAGGGUCGUGGGUACUUUGUAAAAAUUUAACUAGUGGGCUGGAGAAAUGGCUUAGCGGCUAAGCUUGCCUGUGAAGCCUAAGGACCCCGGUUCGAGGCUCGGUUCCCUGGGAUGCACGUUAGCCAGAUGCACAAAGGAGCGCACGUGUCUGGAGUUU